AUGUCUCUUGAUAUCGCGACCUACCAGCUCCUGGACGCCGACCACCACAUACAUUUCUGCUCGCAAUCACCAGAUACGAAGUUUCUCGCAUGUGCCCUUGGCAACGGAAUAGUGUGUCUUGUGAACGCCAUCACGUUCAAUGCCGUGGCGCGUGGGGCCCCGGGGAAGGACUUUCUCGACGUUCCCGCUACGUGCAUUCGAUGGGCGCCAGAGCACUGCAACAACGCUUGGCAACUCGUCAGCAGCAGCUGCGCUGGUGGUGUCAUGCUGUGGCACUGGGAUCGUACGGAGUUCUCUCUUCGACGUGGGGCCGCAGCGUGCGAGCAACACAAUGAGGUGAUGGUGGUGGAUGUUUCGCCGAGCGGAAAGCAAGUGUUGACGGCGGGCAGCGAUCGCAUCGUGCGCCUGUACGACUCCGAGCUCACCCCGCUUGCGCAGCUGACAGAGGGAGUAAACGCCGAUGGCACGUCACGUCCCGCACACACCAACCGCAUCUUCUCUCUCCGCUUCUUGACGGAGGUGGCGGCCGUCAGUGCAGGCUGGGAGAGUCCGAUUCAGCUGUGGGACCUGCGCGCGUGUCGAUCCAACAGGCAGGUAGUCGGGGUGCAGGGGGUGUCGGAUUGCUUAGAGCCCGUCCCAAGCACCUCGAUCGUGUUGGUGGCGUCCCCGAAGUCGACGAACACGCUGCAAAUUUUCGACACCGUCACCGGAAGAGUGCUGGAGGAGAACUCGAACAAAGUGUGCUCUCAGUUAAACCUGAGGGAGCGCGUGUUAGUAUGCCGCCUCCAGGCCGAAACAGGUAAUGCCUGGUGUCUCACGGUUUCGCCGCCCUCCGUGAUUGUUGUCUGCGUGUCCUCCGGCCGCAUAGUGGCACGUGCGGCGCUCGCGCAUACUCCGAUCAACAUGACCAUGAAAGAUGCCAGUGUGGUGGUGGGGUGCAAGAAUGGAGUUCUGCUUCAGGUGUCACUUAGUAUGUAA